AUGAGCAAUCGGCGAGUAUCGCUGCCGGUGGCGUUGACGAUUCCGAAGGCGUCGCCAUCGCGCCUCUCGCCGCCGUCGUCGUUGUCGCCGGCGAAUCGCAGAUCGCUGCCGACGUCGCCGAUAUUGCGACGAAGUCUGCCGAGCACACCGCGGACGCCGUCGCCGCGACGCAAACUUUUGCCCGAUGUCGAUGAGCAUUUGCCGAGCACCAGCUCGAGCUCCGAAACAUCGCCGAGGCGUGUGAAGAAGCGCAAAAAUUCGCCAAGAUACCAAUACUCGCUUCAAACCGCCAUGCACAACGAGUGUCGGAUAGAGGAGAUGCCCGACGGCGCGUUGCGCAGCUUCAACCUCGAGCACGGUCGAGUCGUCGACAACGGCUACAUCAAGACGAGGCCGUCGAUUCCAUUGUCGCGUGAUGGUCGCGCCACAUGUCCCGAAGUCUGGCGAACACCCGACGAGCCAUCGAACAAGAAGCACGUGGUGUUUCGAUUGUACGGCGCCAAAAAUUCGGGCAAACGCACGAUGCUCGAGUCGAUCGAGCAGUACGCCACCAAAUUGGUGACACGCUACAAUCACAACGAUUCGUCGCCGUCGAAACUCAUCGAUUUUGUGCUCAACGACGAGCGAGCCCAACUCGAGGUGCUUCUCGAAUCGACGCUCGAGAGUUCACCGUUCGCCUCGUGCCUCACCAUGUACGGAAUCGUCUACAAUGUCGAUAGUCGCGAGUCGUUUGCGAUGGCGACGAGCCUAUUGAACAGACUUUUGAGUCGAAAAAUCGCCAAAGACCAAAAUGUGAUAUUGAUCGGCAACAAGGUGGACCUGAAGCGCAAUCAAAUCGUCUCGAAAAUCGAAGGCGCGUGUCUCGCGAAAAUCCACAAUUGCAAUUUCAUCGAGACGUCGGCGCUGCUCUCGAUAAACAUCGCCGAAUUGUGGGCGAUUCUUGUGAAGCGUCUCGAAGGCGUCGAGACCGUCGAAACGAGCUCGCCGAGUUGGAUGCACAAAUUCGUCGCGCGACUCGCGCACUCGGCCGAGCAAAUUGUUAGCAAAAUUUCGAUCUAA